CUACCCCACGUACAUGCUCAUAUCCGGAGAGAGACAGACAGAGUAAGAGAGAGAAAGAGAGAGAGAAGACUGACUUCCUUCUUUUUUUGCUCUGCAGACGCGUGCGUGACCUAUCUGCUCCCGGAUUUCCCUGCAACUUUUUGUUUUUCUUGCGAUUUUUAUACUGUUUUCAUCGUCGCAUUCCUCCUUCCUUUGGAAUGAACUGUUUUCCUGCCUGCAUCGUUUCCAUGCCAGCAUGGGAACUGCUGUGUCCAAGAGGAAGAAUUUAAGAAACGAUGCGAUUUCUUCUGUGGCAGCAAAAGUUAGAGCAGCGCGAGCAUUUGGAGAGUACCUGUCCCACACACACCCUGAAAACCGAAACGGAUCAGCUCAUCUUCUGUGUGAAACCUUGGUGGGUCCUGACCCGGAGUCGCCAAGUGACACAUUUGGCCCCAACAACAACAACCACCUCCAUCCCUGCUCCGAAACUAAGGGCUGUGAGGACAAACAGGAGACCAGCCUAGUGACACAGCCACUGGGCUUACUCCAGCCAACCCCAUCUUCUAUCACACUUUCUAACAAGGCACCAGCACGAUUGUCCCUUGAACGCAGCUUCUCAGUGGAGGAAGACCAGCAGAAGUGUGUGGAGUGUACACUGCAGCCUUCACGUGUGUACACCAUCACCACCCAGCACGGUAUGCUGAUGAGCGCCGGCCAGGGCAGCAAGGAGAGCCUCGAACUGGACGUCCUAAAGGAGAAGUCGGGGAGCAGUGGGGUAGGAUCUAGGGGUGGUUCGAUCCAGCCUUCCAAUUCCCCUUCCUCCGCCUCAUCGUCUCCAACCCAGUACCAUCGCGCAAGCAGUGGCCGUGGUGCCAGCAGCUGUGGCAGCCACCAUCACAGCAACCAUCACCAUAGUAUGCACCAUCAUGGAAACCACCACCACCACAAUAUCUCGAGCAUGAAUCCACCUUCCAGCAGCGGAGGAAGUAGUGCGGCAAGUGGAAGCAGCAGUAGCAACCAGCAGCCGCAGCUAACCGCUGCAGGCUCUCACUCUCAUCAUGCAUCACACCACCACACCCACCAUCAUCAUCACCUGUCUCAGCCUCCACUGCAGACCUCGGUCAGCGCCCACAACAUUCGUAGCUGGGGCGAAGGUGGAAAAGGGGAGGCGGAGUGUAGCGGGUUGGCUUGUGAGUCGUGCAGUACUGCUCCCUCUCGAAGCCAGGGUUCCCUGGACCUGGAGAGUGCAUCGAGAGAGGCAGGCAAGCAGCACCGACGCCUAGAGCGGAUGUGGAGUGUGGACCGGAUGACUGGGCUGGAGAGAGAGGACACCAACUGGUUCCCCAAGGAAAAUAUGUUCAGCUUUCAAACUGCUACAACAACCAUGCAGGCGAUCUCGAACUUCCGGAAGCAUCUUCGGAUGGUGGGCAGCAGAAGGCUUAAAGCACAGACAUUCGCUGAACGUAGAUCGAAGAGUUUCAGCCGUUCCUGGAGUGAUCCCACCCCUGUCAAGAAUGACUCUCCUCAUGAACCCAGAGAGAGUGGAGACCUGCAGACCUCUUGUGGCACUCUGGAUGAAGGAGGUCUCGACGACAAUAUAGACUGGGAGGAGGAAAGGGAGAUGGAGAGGCUGGCAUGUGAGGGAGAUGACUUUGUACCUCCCAAAAUCAUGCUGAUCUCUUCUAAGGUUCCCAAGGCCGAGUACAUUCCCACCAUAAUCCGUAGGGACGACCCCUCCAUCAUUCCCAUCCUCUAUGACCAUGAACAUGCAACGUUUGACGAUAUUUUGGAGGAAAUAGACAAGAAGCUCACAGCUUACAGGAGAGGAAGCAAGUUCUGGAGGAUGCUCAUCUUUUGUCAAGGAGGCCCUGGUCAUCUAUAUUUACUGAAGAAUAAAGUGGCAACGUUUGCUAAGGUGGAAAAAGAGGAGGACAUGAGCCAAUUCUGGAGGAGACUCAGUCGCUUCAUGAGUAAAGUCAAUCCAGAACCAAACCUGAUCCACAUAAUGGGAUGCUAUGUCCUGGGUAACCCCAAUGGCGAGAAGCUGUUCCAGAAGCUGAAGAAUCUGAUGAGGCCUUAUUCUGUUGAGUUCGAGUCACCGCUGGAGCUGUCUGCACAGGGCAAAGAGAUGAUCGAGACGUACUUUGACUUCCGCCUCUACCGCCUUUGGAAGACGAGGCAACACUCCAAGCUGUUGGACUAUGAGGAUUUUUUGUGACAAAGACAUCUGGAUCAAUGGUGCAGCGGAGCCCUCCAGUGCCACGAGGAACCUGUUAAAACUGAUCCAGCAUUUGAACAUUGCUCAGCUGUAGUGCUCGGCCCGUCGACUCGACACAAACAGUCAUACCCGCUUUCACCCUUGAGAGGCUGGGAGAAGAGGGAAGGCAAUAGUAGACCAAGGGGCUGAAGAUGAAUCAAAUUAUGCUGUUCCUCUGCUCUUCCUCGUUUUCAAAAAGAAAGGUCACUGACUAACAGGGAAAAAAAGGCCAAAUCAACAUAAAAGGGGGGGAAGCGAGAGAGAGCUGGAUUUGUUUGCAUCAUGGCAAACAAAUCUGUCUGCCUCUUGAGUUUGAAAGCAAAAUCCAUAUGUCAAAUGUGUACAAAAGAAAUACCAUUAGAGUCACACUCCUCUGUUCCAAGGACUUCAUUUUUGAAGCUGAUGAUGCGCGUCAGAAAACUUCCUGAAAUUCAUUCUGUCAUACUGUGGUUCUGUGUUUUGACUGGACCUCCCAAAUAAUCUCAGACCCCAGAGUAAAAUACUAAAUAAACCAUACGUUGAUGUGUGUAUAUAUCACAUUAAUAUAUUAGCAUAGCUUCAGUCAUGCAAAUUACUCUAUUACAAGAGAAAUGAUGCAUCAUUUAUUUUUGAUGUGCAUUGUUGUGCAAUUUCAUAUGGAAAUACUUUGGAAUAACUCAGGUUUUAGCCAUGAAGUAAUUAACCUGUUUGUCUAUCAAGAUAUUGUAAUCUUCAUCGCCAUUGCUUGGAAUGAAUGUAUUAUCUCUCCAGAGAUGCGUCUUUGGUUUGAGGAACUAUUCUCAUUGGGGGGAAAGUACAAUGUUCGAACAUCGUGUGGGUGUGUGGGUGUUUUCCUUGUAAAACAAAAACAAAACAAAACAAAAAAACAUGCAGAUGUGUGUAUUUUCUCUUACUGUUCAUCCGGUAAAGGAAAAAAUAUCAUUCCCUCAAUUAUCUUUCUGUCACAUAAAUCCAAACACAAAGACAGUCUAGUAUCCUUCAUGAUGUCAAGAGGGAUGUAAGAGCCAUGCAAGUGCUCCUACCGCUGUAGUGUAGGAGUUUUCCUAUUGAUCCUUCCUGCUCAUUUGCAGAAGGUUCGGGCCACUUAGCGGGCCCUUGUCAACAGUGCUGGCUGCACUCGCUAUCUGCCAAACACACUUGGCUUCUCUUAAUGGCAGCCAACCAGGCUUCCGCUGCCUCUCGCUUCGCUGGGCUGUGAUCCAGUCCGAGGACCGGAGCUUUCCCGAAUUUGCCAGGAGUUUAAAUUGUUAACAUCUAUUUGCUUCUCCUUCCAGGUGCCAGUGAAUUUCUAAGGCUGGCCCGAGUGACCUGAGCAGUCUCAAACAGAUUAAGGAGGGUCAAAGCACUCACACAAAAAUACAGUACACACACACACACACACAAAUGCUAGGGCUGGGACAGUAGUUUAAGAAACCAUUAAAUCAGGACUAAGUUAAAAAGCCAUUCCACAGAUACAGUACCACAUCUGAAGGUCAGUUCGCUCGUAAUGAGGAGGAGUGCUCCUGUGAAAAUAUUUUAUAAUGUCUUCUGUGGCUCAGGGGGAACAUUUUUAGAAAGAAGCUUAUAUGAGAAAGCUUGCAUUACAAACUGGUGCUGCUGUGUUUGAGGGCUGUGGGAGUUUGAAUAGAGAGCAAAGCUGCGUUAGGGGAAGUGUAGGAUUCAGGGUGUUUGGGCAUGAAUGAAGAUCAAACACAUGUUUGAAGUAAUCAGUUCAGAAGUCGUGGUCAUUCCAAAGGUUGACAGACUUUAAAAAUGUAUUAAAAACAGCUGAUUUAAUCUCAGUCUGUUAAGUGCCCAAGACCCUAAAAUCUACGUUUCCCAUAGCAGCUUUACAUAAUAAAAAGCAGCAACUCUUGCAAAGCACAAAACCCUCAAUUCCCAAUUUUUAUUUUUAUUUUUUGCCAUUUAAAGCAGGUAGAUUUUGCAAAAGGCUCAGAAUAUUGAGGUUUUGUGCUUCCUGAGUGCUGCAUCAGAGGAAGCGAUUGUUGCGAAUGUGUUCACGAUCUCGAAGGUGCUACACGAUGUGCUGUCAAGUCACAGAUCACCGUUCAGCUCCAGAACGGCGAGAAUUCUAAGUGAUUGAAACAGUGGAACUUCAAGACUGGUCGCUGAGUGUAGGUGUAGAAAAAUUGCAGUCAGCACGGUGAAACCUUUCAGCUUAGAAUGGUCAAGUGGUCCUAGCCCUGCGUAACACAGACACAUACAAAUAAACACACGCCAGGCAAAGCUUUUCUACAUCAGUGUGUGAUAAAUACUUUUCCAUUUGUCAUUUAUUUGUGUUAAUAUUUGAGCAUUGUGAGCAGAACUAUUUUUUUGUGUGUGUUAAACUCAACCAAUCUCACUGGAGUGCUUUUUACAGGCUUAACAUUGGUUUUUAUUUGCAUUUGCCCUCUCUGACUUCAAAAUGCUGGCCUACAGUUUGUCUGGCACAGACAAGUGCUCUCUCAGCCUGAGUCACGCAGUACAUGUUUUCACUACAGAUAUAAAAUUCCACACUUAUGCAACCUGUCAUUUUCCUGAGCCAUUUUUAAUUCCAGCAAAAGCAUUACGCUGCCAAAUUCUUGGAGAAGUUGUCCUAAACAGCUCUAGGGUUUAAUGGAAUAUUAUUUGAUGGGUGAAUUCAAAAACACCAAAGCAAAAAAGAAAAAUAUCACUAUAAUUUAAAAUAUUCUGAAUUCACUGAACUCUGACUCAGGAGUUUGAGAGCACUUUCCUCUGCUUUCAAACAAACAAAUAAAUGAACAAAAACUAACAUUUCACCA